CCCCGCCCAUUCCGGAAGUAGGGGCGAAGCUACUAAAGCGUCACGCCCAGUGAACGGAAGUGGCUGUUAGAGGUUUUACCAAAGCUUUAAAUUCCUGCUGUCUGGGAGGCUCAUUCCUUUCAACUGGACUCGGGCUUCGUGCACCGGAUGGCUGUGGACGUGAAGUCGCGAGCAAAACGUUAUGAAAAACUGGACUUUCUCGGGGAGGGACAGUUUGCCACGGUUUACAAGGCCAGAGACAAGAACACCAAUCAGAUUGUCGCCAUUAAGAAAAUCAAGCUUGGACAUAGAUCAGAGGCUAAAGAUGGUAUAAACAGAACAGCCUUAAGAGAAAUAAAAUUAUUACAGGAGCUAAGUCAUCCAAAUAUAAUUGGUCUUCUUGAUGCUUUUGGACACAAAUCUAAUAUUAGCCUUGUCUUUGAUUUUAUGGAAACUGAUUUAGAGGUUAUAAUAAAGGAUAAUAGCCUUGUACUGACACCAUCACACAUCAAAGCCUACAUGUUAAUGACUCUUCAGGGGUUAGAAUAUCUACAUCAACAUUGGAUUCUACAUAGGGAUCUAAAACCAAACAACUUGUUACUCGAUGAAAAUGGCGUUCUAAAACUCGCAGAUUUUGGCCUAGCCAAAUCAUUUGGAAGCCCCAAUAGAAUUUAUACACAUCAAGUUGUAACCAGGUGGUAUCGGGCCCCUGAGUUACUAUUUGGAGCUAGAAUGUAUGGUGUAGGUGUGGACAUGUGGGCUGUUGGCUGUAUAUUAGCAGAGUUGCUUCUAAGGGUUCCUUUCUUGCCUGGAGAUUCAGACCUUGAUCAAUUAACAAGAAUAUUUGAAACACUGGGAACACCAACUGAGGAACAGUGGCCUGACAUGUGUAGUCUUCCAGAUUUCGUGACAUUUAAGAGUUUCCCUGCAAUCCCAUUACAGCACAUCUUCAUUGCAGCAGGAGAUGACUUGCUAGAUCUCAUACAAGGCUUAUUCUUAUUUAACCCAUGUACUCGAAUUACAGCCACACAGGCAUUGAAAACUAAAUAUUUUAGUAACCGGCCAGGGCCAACACCUGGAUGUCAGCUGCCACGACCAAACUGUCCAGUGGAAACUUUAAAGGAGCAGUCAAAUCCAGCCGUGGCAACAAAGCGGAAGAGAACAGAGGCCUUGGAACAAGGAGUAUUACCCAAGAAGCUAAUUUUUUAGUUACAGAGAACACUGGACAGUAUUUUACUACUGAAGAAAAUAGUUCAAAAUACAAAUAAUGGAAAAAUAGUAAAUGUUAAAUGCUGUAGAAGGAAUUUGUAAAUAUUCUACACAUGUAAAAUAUAUAAAUUGUGUUAUUUUUAUUAAAUAUAUUUUAAAACAAACAAUUCUGAUUUUUCUGAUUGGAGUACAAAAGUAAGAUAAGCUCAGGUCUUUGAAAUGUUGAAUUGAAAAUGCAUUAAGGAAACUAAUAAAACUAAUUAUCAGUUCUGAUGAUCUG